GCUCAGAUUCCUGUCAGCGGCGGCGGCGGUGGCGGCGGCCGUCAGUGUGCGCGGAGGAGAAGCCCGAAACGGACCCUCUGGCUCUCUCCCUCUCCUCUCCGCCGCCCGAACCUUCUUCUCUCUCUGGACUCGCCGGGAGUCAGGUCUCUACUCCGCAGAGCUGCUCUCCACCACGCCGCCCUUCUCGUCGCUCGGCCGGGUGGGAAGUGACUGCCCUCGAGGAGGAGGAGGAGGAGGAGGCAGCGGCUGCCGCCCUCGCCUCGCCGCCCCCGGUUCGGUGCCCGCGGUCCCGGAGAGGAGGUGCCGCCGCCACCGCCGCUCCCCCCCUCCCGCUGCCCUCGGGCCGGGCUGGGUCGAGCUGCGAUGCCCUCGGACUUCAUCUCAUUGCUCAGCGCGGACCUAGACCUGGAAUCGCCCAAGUCCCUGUACUCGCGAGAUUCUCUGAAGUUACACCCAUCACAGAAUUUUCAUAGAGCUGGACUAUUGGAAGAAUCUGUCUAUGAUCUUCUCCCAAAGGAGUUACAGUUACCUCCACCUAGAGAAACUUGUGUAGCAUCAAUGAGUCAGACAAGUGGUGGUGAGGCAGGCUCGCCUCCUCCAGCUGUAGUCGCUGCUGAUGCUUCUUCAGCUCCCUCCUCUUCCUCCAUGGGCGGUGCUUGCAGCUCCUUUACCACCUCUUCCAGCCCUACCAUUUAUUCUACCUCAGUCACCGACAGCAAGGCUAUGCAAGUGGAGAGCUGCUCCUCAGCCGUGGGGGUAAGUAACAGAGGGGUAAGUGAAAAGCAGUUAACCGGUAACACAGUUCAGCAGCAUCCAUCAACCCCGAAGAGGCACACAGUUUUGUACAUCUCACCACCACCUGAGGACUUGCUGGAUAACAGUCGGAUGUCCUGCCAGGAUGAGGGGUGUGGAUUGGAAUCUGAGCAGAGCUGCAGUAUGUGGAUGGAGGAUUCCCCCUCCAACUUCAGUAACAUGAGCACCAGUUCCUACAAUGAUAACACUGAGGUACCUCGUAAAUCACGAAAACGAAAUCCAAAGCAGAGGCCGGGGGUCAAACGACGAGAUUGUGAAGAAUCUAAUAUGGAUAUAUUUGAUGCCGACAGUGCCAAAGCACCUCACUAUGUGCUUUCUCAGCUUACCACGGACAACAAAGGCAACUCAAAAGCUGGAAAUGGAACAUUGGACAACCAAAAGGGAACUGGAGUAAAGAAGAGCCCUAUGUUGUGUGGACAGUAUCCGGUUAAAAGUGAGGGGAAGGAACUGAAGAUAGUUGUACAGCCUGAAACCCAGCACCGAGCUCGGUACCUGACAGAGGGCAGCCGAGGCUCAGUAAAAGACAGAACACAGCAAGGCUUUCCGACAGUGAAGCUGGAAGGUCAUAAUGAACCAGUAGUGUUGCAGGUGUUUGUGGGCAAUGAUUCUGGUCGAGUGAAACCACAUGGAUUUUAUCAAGCCUGUAGGGUAACUGGACGAAAUACGACUCCCUGCAAAGAAGUGGACAUUGAAGGUACCACUGUUAUAGAAGUUGGCCUUGAUCCUAGCAACAACAUGACACUGGCGGUCGACUGCGUAGGAAUCUUGAAGCUGAGGAAUGCUGAUGUUGAAGCCAGAAUAGGAAUUGCUGGUUCCAAGAAAAAGAGCACACGUGCCAGAUUGGUUUUUCGAGUUAAUAUCACAAGGAAAGAUGGCUCCACUCUGACGUUGCAGACACCCUCCUCUCCCAUUUUGUGUACUCAGCCAGCAGGAGUUCCUGAAAUCUUAAAGAAAAGCUUGCAUAGCUGUUCAGUAAAAGGAGAGGAAGAAGUGUUUUUAAUUGGGAAGAACUUUCUAAAAGGAACUAAAGUUAUUUUUCAGGAAAAUAUUUCUGAUGAAAACUCUUGGAAAUCAGAAGCUGAAAUAGACAUGGAAUUGUUUCAUCAGAACCAUCUUAUUGUGAAAGUCCCCCCGUAUCAUGACCAACAUAUAACUUUGCCUGUAUCAGUGGGAAUAUAUGUUGUGACCAAUGCUGGAAGAUCUCAUGAUGUUCAGCCAUUUACUUACACUCCAGACCCAGCAGCAGCUGGUGCUUUGAAUGUAAAUGUGAAAAAGGAGAUAUCUAGUCCAGCAAGACCUUGCUCUUUUGAAGAAGCCAUGAAAGCAAUGAAAACGUCUGGUUGUAACCUAGAUAAAGUAAACAUUCUUCCUAAUGCCCUGAUCACUCCACUCAUGUCAAGCAGUAUGAUUAAGACUGAAGAUGUUACUCCAAUGGAAGUAACAGCAGAGAAAAGAUCUUCCCCUAUUUUUCAGACUACAAAGACAAUUGGUUCGACUCAGCAAGCUUUAGAAACUAUUCCUAACAUAGCAGGAAAUGCAUCUUUUUCGUCACCAUCCUCUUCACACUUACCUUCUGAAAAUGAAAGUCAGCAGCAGCUUCAGCCCAAGGCAUACAACCCAGAGACCCUGACAACUAUCCAAACACAGGAUAUCUCACAGCCUGGGACUUUUCCAGCAGUUUCUGCUUCUAGUCAGCUGCCCAGCAAUGAUGCACUACUGCAGCAGGCUACACAGUUUCAGACAAGAGAAGCUCAGUCCCGAGAUACAUUACAGUCAGAUGGCACCGUGGUUAAUUUGUCACAGUUGACUGAGGCAUCGCAGCAGCAGCAGCAGCAGCAGUCCCCGCUGCAAGAACAAGCACAGACGUUACAGCAGCAGAUCUCAUCAAAUAUUUUUCCACCGCCAAAUAGUGUGAGCCAGCUCCAGAGUACCAUUCAACAUCUGCAAGCAGGAAGUUUUACAGGGGGCACUGCUGGUGGCAGCAGUGGAAGUGUUGACUUGGUCCAGCAGGUUUUAGAGGCACAACAGCAGUUAUCUUCUGUGCUGUUUUCUGCUCCAGAUGGUAAUGAGAAUGUCCAAGAACAGCUUAAUGCAGACAUUUUCCAAGUCAGUCAAAUUCAAGGUAGUGUAAGCCCUGGAAUGUUUUCCUCAACAGAGCCUGUAGUUCACACCAGACCAGAUAACUUACUACCUGGGAGGGCUGACAGUGUCCAUCAACCGACUGAAAACACACUGUCUAAUCAGCAACAGCAGCAACAGCAGCAGCAGCAGCAACAACAGCAAGUGAUGGAGUCAUCGGCUGCAAUGGUGAUGGAGAUGCAGCAGAGCAUUUGCCAAGCAGCUGCCGAACUGUUUCCUUCAGCUGCUUCAGCAAAUGGAAGCCUUCAGCAGUCUCCAGUUUACCAGCAGCCUUCUCACAUGAUGGGUGCACUGCCUACCAACGAGGACAUGCAAAUGCAGUGUGAGUUGUUCUCUUCUUCCCCUGCAGUUUCUGGAAAUGAAACUUCCACAACCACCACGCCACAGGUUACAACCCCUGGCUCCACUAUGUUUCAGGCACCAAGUUCAGGAGAUGGAGAAGAAACUGGAGCACAGGCGAAACAAAUUCAGAACAGUGUCUUUCAGACCAUGGUUCAAAUGCAGCACAGUGGAGACAGCCAACCUCAAGUAAACCUCUUUUCAUCUACAAAAAAUAUAAUGAGUGUUCAGAAUAGUGGUACCCAGCAACAAGGGAAUAGCUUGUUCCAGCAAGGGAAUGAGAUGAUAUCGCUUCAGUCUGGGAACUUUUUGCAGCAGUCUUCUCAUUCACAGGCUCAACUCUUUCAUCCUCAAAAUCCUAUUGCUGAUGCUCAGAACCUUUCCCAGGAAACUCAAGGUUCAAUUUUUCACAGUCCAAAUCCUAUUGUCCACAGUCAGACUUCCACAGCAUCCUCUGAACAAUUGCAGCCUUCAAUGUUUCACUCACAGAAUACCAUCACUGUAUUACAAGGCUCUUCAGUUCCACAAGACCAGCAAUCACCCAACAUAUUUCUUUCCCAAAGUUCUAUGAAUAAUCUACAAACUAAUACGGUAGCCCAAGAAGAACAGAUUUCAUUUUUUGCAGCACAGAACUCAAUUUCUCCACUUCAGUCAACAUCAAACACUGAGCAGCAAGCUGCUUUUCAACAGCAGCCUCCAAUUUCACACAUCUCAACCCCUAUUCUUUCCCAGGAACAGGCACAAUCCACUCAGCAAGGUUUAUUUCAGCCUCAGGUGGCCCUUGGCUCCCUUCCAUCUAAUCCAAUGCCUCAAAGCCAGCAAGGAGCAAUUUUCCAAACACAGCGCUCAAUCGUUGGCAUGCAGAGUAACUCUCCAUCUCAGGAGCAGCAGCAACAGCAGCAGCAGCAGCAGCAGCAACAACAACAACAGCAGCAGCAGCAGCAGCAGCAGCAGCAGCAGAGCAUUUUAUUCAAUAAUCAGAAUGCCAUGGCUACAAUGGCAUCUCAGAAGCAGCCACCACCAAACAUGAUAUUUAGCCCAAACCAAAACCCAAUGGCUAGUCAGGAGCAGCAAAACCAGUCAAUUUUUCACCAGCAAAGUAAUAUGGCCCCAAUGAACCAAGAUCAGCAGCCCAUGCAAUUUCAGAAUCAGCCUACAGUUUCUUCACUUCAGAACCCAGGUCCUACGCAGUCUGAGUCACCACAGACCUCCUUGUUUCAUAGUUCUCCUCAGAUCCAGUUGGUACAAGGGUCACCUAGUUCUCAAGAGCAGCAAGUAACACUCUUCCUCUCUCCGGCAUCCAUGUCGGCACUGCAGACCAGUAUAAACCAACAGGACAUGCAACAGUCUCCUCUCUAUUCUCCUCAGAACAACAUACCUGGAAUCCAAGGAGCCACUUCUUCACCCCAGUCACAGGCUACUUUAUUUCACAACACUACAGGAGGCACAAUGAACCAACUACAAAAUUCUCCUGGCUCAUCUCAACAGACUUCGGGAAUGUUCUUAUUUGGCAUUCAAAAUAAUUGCAGUCAGCUUUUAACCUCUGGACCAGGUACCUUGCCAGAUCAGCUGAUGGCCAUAAAUCAGCCAGGCCAGACACAAAAUGAGGGCCAGGCUUCUGUGACAACACUUCUUUCUCAGCAAAUGCCAGAGACUUCCCCACUGGCCUCCUCUGUGAACAGCAGUCAGAGCAUGGAGAAGAUCGAUUUGCUUGUUUCAUUGCAAAGCCAAGGGAACAAUUUAACUGGCUCAUUUUAAUGAGAUGCAAAUUCCAUGAAGAAAGUAAUGAUGAUUCCAAGAUGUCCUGAGAAAUUGUGGUUCUAUGAAGAUCAUUGAACUGUUGUAAAGAACUAUAUUGGAGUAAAUGGGUAGAUUUCCUGACUGUGAGAACAUACCCAUGCUGCCUGUUGCAGUAAUUCGCCACCAAUGUGCUUUUUGUUUCUAGUAACAGUGAUGACUGAGAAUCUGUUUGAUUUUUCCAGCUGACAGAAUUGUUGCUUUUGUCCUAGUUUUUUAAAUGCAAGGCUGGGCCUCUCAGUUAUUAUUGCUAUUAGAAAAUCAUAUUUGUUAUGUUUACUUACAUUCUUAUUUUCUUUCCUACAUUAUUUUAGUCAAGUAAUGGCUUAGGACAAAGUAAAGUUUAGUAAUGACUAAGGCUGUGAUUUUUGUUGAUGUAAAAAGCAUGGAUGUUGGCCAAAGUGAAGGAGUUUCUUUCAGUUUUCAUGGAGAAACUGAAGGUAUAACUUACAAAAAAGCUGUAUUGAGAACUCUGCAGAUAAAAGGACUCCUCAUCACAUACAUGCAGAUGGCAUGCUUUCAAACUGGGUACAGCUGGAAUGUUACUGAGGUCAUUUUUAGAGAGUUGUUAGUUCUGUAUUUCUACUAAGGGAUUUAGCCAUAACUGCAUACAAAUACUUUGUUCUAUGAAAAUGAAGGGAGUAAUAUAUGACAUUAUGUUCUCAUAUUCACCUUCAGUAGUUUAAACUGACAGAGUCAUUUGAGUCUGUUUUCUUCUUACCCAGCGUUAGGCUAGUGUUCCCACUUUAUAUGCAUCUGUAUCGUUUUCCCCUUCAGUUUUAGACAGCUGUUAAUGUACCCCUGGCUUUAUGACCCUGUAGUAAUUUAGAGAAGGCAGCCACAUUGAUCCAGUGACCUGGCAGUCUGCGGCACUGGGCCAGGAAUACUCUUAGGAAUUAUUGGGAAUUGAUUCCUGAGAAAAAAACAAUUCUCUCUUUCUCUCUUUUUUUUUCUUCCAUGAACGGUGCUGUUCUGAAGUCUUCAAAUUUUUCCCUCUAAUGAAAAAACAGUAUAAAAUUUCACUUUACAAAUGAGGCAAGCAAACAUUUCUCAAACUAAUACUUCUCCCUGAGCUGCAGUGACGAUAAUUCACUUGUCACCUCAGUGCUUUACAGUUGAAGUGGUCACUUAAUUGAUGGGUCCCACAAGCCUUGGGCUUUACAGGGUCACACCAUUGAUUUAAAAGGAAGAGUUAACUUACGUUACAGCUACAGAGAGCAAAAUUACACACUCCAGAACUUGCAUUUGUAGCAUUAGUUGUAGAGUUUUGGGUGUUCUUGCCACCUGUGUGGUGCCUGCUUCUCACUCCCACCUACAUCUGGACACGUGCUUAUGUCUCAUUUAUCUCUGGCAUGUGGAAAGUGUCAAUGCAGCAUAAGGCCAACAUGUGUGGCUUGUGUGUGUUGAUAUGUUUUGGUAUCCUGUUUGUUUCUUUUACUUACUUUAAGUGUCUAAAAUUAGCCAGUUUGUAGUUUCUUUUCCUUAGCCUUAGAUUUCUUUCCAUUUUUUUCUCUCCCUGUCCUACACAAUUGUUGAACUGUGUGGAGCUGUGGUGUUGGUUUUGUUCAUAUGGUCAGAUUCCCCCUUUUGUGAUCUUCCUUUGUUCUUUGACUAUUGUUCUUGUCAUUUGCUUUCUCUUUGUUCUUCUUCCUCUGCCCUGACCCUUCCUUUCUCUCUCUGAGAGGCAUUGGAUUACGUUUUCAGUAGUACAGGCUUCUUGCCGAUAUGAAGGGAACUUUCCAGAAAGAGACCUACUCUGGUCAUUUAAUUUUGAAAACAGUUUUCAAUCGUUCAAGUUUUGGAUGGUUUAUAUCUAAUGUGUGUUUCAUUUUUUUGGAAAGCUAUAUUUUAUAUUUAGGAAAUGGUAUACUAUUUUGCUAUUUGUACUGAGUGAGUACAUUGGCAUAAAUAUAGAAAUUUAUAUAUAUAUAUAUAUAUAUAUACAUAUAUAAACUAUUCUUUUUGCCACACAUUUUUGUGGUAAAUUUGUGAGUUUGUCUGAUGUUCUACCACAACGUGGCGUCUGAUAACAGUGAGGGGUUUGUUAUGUCUUUAUUGAGUAUUUAAGUACCUUUUGAAACAAAUGGCCUGUUUAUCUGUAGCCAUUCCAUCAGGCAGUUCCUUGAUGUUACUAGUGAGCUAAAGGCAAUACUGUGUGUUUGCUGGAUCUCCACUCAGCAAGGUGUUAAAGAGCAAGGAAUCUUCUGAGCUAGUGUCAAAUGGUGUUUGACAAGAAUGAGCCACUCUGUCUUUGUUCACUAUAUAUUUAAUAUUUUAUUGUUGUUGUUGUUAUUAAUUGGCUUUCUGUAUCCUAUGCCUUUUAUUUAUAAAGACACUAAAAAUACCAUGUUUGUAAUUUUAAUAACAUUUUCCCAUCUUUUAAUAUCCAGAACUACUUUAUAAAUUCUCUAAACCAAAAGUAUUUUCCUCAAUGUCUCCCUUCUCCCCCACUCCCUACAGGGAAGAAUCACCCAGCAUAGUUCAGGUUACGAGAAGAGUCAGCCACACAAUUCAGUGCUUCAGCUUUCAGAUGUACAACAGACACUAGCGUGUUGUCUGGAGCAUCAUGGAAAGCAGACCUAGCAGGUCUUAGAAGAGACAGGAGUCAGCGUUUAAAACUACAUUUAUUUCUGAGUUUUCUGAGUUACUUUCUGAGAUCAUGUAGGAGACUCAGGAAAUCUGUUUGUUCACCAAGAUCAAAUUAAAAUGUUACUACCACACCAUGGAUGAAGUGCAGCAAGAAGUCUGGCUUGUGUGGUGACUUCUGUUUGUUCUGUACUAGAAGCUUAUCCUUAUAAAAUGCUGAUUGGCAAUGCCAAGUCACUGGGACCAAUUUCUGUUUUAUAAUGUCUGAGUUUAGAACAGAACAUCACCUGAACUGUAGUGGUUUGAGUGGAUGGAGGCAAAACCCCUCAUUUUUAGUCUCAUCACUUCUGUGGUUAUUUAUACAAGGGCUGUGCUGUGCUACCAUAUUCCUGUUCAAUAAUGAUGGAAGUUUAUUUGUUUUCUUACAUUGUUAAAUGUUCCUUGCCCCUAAAGGUCCGUGUUAAGUACAAUGUUCUGAAUAUAUGAUUUGGUUACAAGAAGUCUUUGUCUUCUUAUUGAAGAGUUAGCUCAGUGGUUGAUACUUGUGCUAAGAAUGCAGCUUCUCAGUUCCUGUUACAGUUACAACUGCCUGUGGGAAGACUCAGUGAGCCAGUAAAGACCUUGGGAAUCAGGACUUAUUAAAUUUAUAUCUGGCAGAAGGACCUAAAUAAACUGUGAACUACAUUUUAUUCCUUUGUUACAUUCAGUUCUUGCUUUCAGCAACUCAUAGAAAUGCUUGGAGCUUAUCUCUCUCUAUCUCUCUCUCUCUCUUUUUCUGUGGGUGAGCAUGCGUGCAUGCAUGUAUGUGUGCUUGUUAUUCCUUAUUGUCAUUCCACACCAGGGAGCAGACAAUUAGAUCGUUUGUUUUGAGACAGAGUUUCUCUGUGUAGCCCUGGCUGUCCUAGAAUUCACUCUGUAGACCAGGCUGGCCUUGAACUCAAAGAGAUCCGCCUGCCUCUGCCUCCUGAGUGCUGGGAUUAAAGGUGUGUGCCACCACUGCCCAGCUUAGAUAAUUUGUUCCUAAAAUUUGCUAUAGGCUUUUCUAAUUCUAACAUCAUGUUAUUUAUUUAGCCAAUUUUGGUGUGUCUACCCUGUCUUCUUAGAACAAGUGUUUAAAGGGCUUUGUUUAUUAUCAAAGCAGUAUUAAUGAGAGGCCUCUUUCCCUCCCUCCCAUUCUCCCAUCCUUCCUUGCCCCCCACCUUUAUAUAAUAUUGUAAGUUAUAGUUUAGAAUCUCAUUAUCAUAGGUUUAUUGCCUACCAGAGUUUUAGCUAAUAUACCCAGAAAAAAAUAGAAGGAAGAAAUUGUGCACAUGUCCCUUUAGAAUGAAAAUAAUUCCUUUUGACCUUUUUGAAUGUUUGUUUUUAUUUGUUUUCAAUGAAGUUGCACUAUGCUGCCCAAGUACUGGGCCUGGAGGGAUGAAAGCAAGCACCUUCCCUGGGUCCCUUUGGCCUUUUUAAGCCAUUGUAAAUGUUUGUUUGCAAAAAAUGGAAUCUGUCAGCAAAUUAGAACCACAGUGAAAAAUGACUGACUGAUUCCUAAACUCAGCAUAGUUGUACAUAUUCUCAGGGGUUAGCCUGAGAAUUUUCCUAGUAAAAUUUUCUGUUAUCCCUGUUUCCUGAUUUUUAAUUAGUUAAAAGUUAUGGGAGACCUUGCAGCUUCACUCUGCAUCUGGAGCAUAGGUUCCUUCUCUAAUCAAGAUUUCCUUUUUAUAGCUGCAUGCUUUUGGUUAUGUGGAGGGACUCAAUGAAAAAGAAAAAUUAAUUCAGCAUAUGUAUUAGAGAAGUAAUUCAGGCCUAGGGGUGUGGUUCAGGGGUACAGAGUUUACAUCUCUUGUGUAAAGCCCUGAAUUUGAUCCCUAGCACCACCAAAAGGGAGAGAAAAAGGACCUGGGUAUACACACUAGCAAGAGGAUGAGCACUGCUCCAUCACACACUGAGAGCUUUCCCUGUCUGCCUGCUUUUGUUACUAGAGCUAAACUGUGGAGGUGGCAUUCAUGAUGCAGGAGAUUGACUCUCUACAGUGUCAUUAGUAAAUUGUCCUGAUGCCCUCAUUACUUUUGAACUCUGUUUUCAUGCCAUUCUAAGCCUUGUAUAUUAAUAAAAUUCUGUUUUUAAUGCUCUUGUUCUUUCAGGCAACUUUUUACAUUAGUAUUUUAUAUAGAGAUUACAUGUGUAUGGAAAAGUGCCUUUUUUUUACCAUGCCAGUGUACCCUUCUUAUAAUUCCACCUUCCACUGUUGCCAGAAAUGUAUGAACAACUGGUUUUAACAGGUCCCAACCUAGACUUUUUCAUUUGGCCAUUCUUUUCUCCAUUUCUUGGUCACAAUAGAAGAAAACUUUGUUAGUUCCUUUGACUUGAAAAUAACAGAGAAAGUGCUUUGGCAGAAUUGCUUGGAGAGUAAGUGUAUGCUGUUGAGGCUUACACGAAUCAACUCUUUUUUUUUUUUUUUUUUUUUUUGGUUUUUCGAGACAGGGUUUCUCUGUGUAGCUUUGCGCCUUUCCUGGAGCUCACUUGGUAGCCCAGGCUGGCCUCGAACUCACAGAGAUCCGCCUGGCUCUGCCUCCCGAGUGCUGGGAUUAAAGGCGUGCGCCACCACCGCCUGGCUACGAAUCAACUCUUAAAUUUUCUCAUCCCAACCAAUUAGAGCUGGGUCUUAUUAGAGCAGUAAUGAAAAUUUGGCUGUGUGCAAGAUUCCAUGCACACAAGUGUUUGUUAAAUGUUAUGAAGAUACUGCUCAUAGCAUCUUCUCUGGUCCUAAUUAGCUGGGUGAAAAGCAGUCAUUAAAACAUAGGUUUUGUAAGGCCUGGGGGUAAUGUUGAUUCUUUUUUUUUUUUUUUAAUUAAACAUGACAAAGUAGUUUAUUAUAUUUCUUUUCUAUCAGAACUUUAGUUAAUGGGCCUUGGAAAGCUUAGUAUCAGAAAAAAAGUUAGGAAGAAGCCAUUUGAGUUCUGGGAGAGCUAAGGUAAUUUCUUUAGUGUUAGAUGCAGUUGGAUUGAGUGUCCUGGUUUUGUCCAUUUUGUUGCUGUUCUAGCUCCGUAUCAAAUGGUGGUACCUGAAGAAAGGGCCGUCAGCCACAAACUAAGGACAGUGGUAACUUAAACACUGGAGUGGAGCUAUGUUUUCCAUGGAAGUACUUUUGUGACCGUUGGACGGAAGAUGGCAAACUUUUAUGCAAUAUUCUUAAUACCCUAUUGUGCACUUUAAUCAUUCCAAAUUCAGAGUACUGCAUCCAUUUUUAUUUUGGAUAGCUGGCUUGGUGUGUUUGACUGCUUUUUAAAGUAACUCGGAAUAAGUGUGAAGUUGCUAUUUUCUAAAGGACUUUUAAGACUUGGAAAGGUAGUGGAAGGAAAUGCCUACACUGUAGCAGAUCAUUUUAGAAUAGUAAAGUGAUUACUGGCUGAUGAGUGCAUUGGAGAGCUACUUAGAACCAUUCCCUUUCUUGUGUGUUUUAUGUACCUUAUAGAAGAACGCUACAAUGUAUAGUUUCUAUCUGUGGUUUAUGUUAACCAAUAUGGUCCUCCACCCCGGCAGCUAGCAUCAGUAUGAGCAGGAAACUAGUUAGAGGUGUGCAUUCUUGGGCAAUAGCCCAGCCUUGCUGAAUUAAUCUGAAGUUGGGCCCAGCAAUCUGUCUGACCCAAGCCCUCAGGUGAGUCCAAUGCACCUGAGUUUCAUAGCUUAGCGAAAGUAAGAGACUUUCACUCUUAGAGAUUCCUUCUUUACAUAUAUUCAGCCUUACCUAGUAAUCUGUGAUCAUUUAUCAACAAUGGUGAUUUAUUCUCAGUACUGCAUAAGAAAUGCAUAUGUCUUAUGUGUAUACAGUGUAGUUGCUAAUAAUUAAUUUAACUUAGUUUGGCAUUUUCCUACCACUGACUAAAAAGUUUACAUUAACUGACUGAUUUCAAUAUAUAGGUGCAAUGUUCUGUAUUUCUUUAAUUGGUGUGACAUUUACUUAGCUAAAAUAAUUGAUGGGUGCUACAGUUUCCUGUUUAUGCAUAAUAUGGGUACAUUGUGGGCAGUGUAAUACAAGCUUUCUCUUCAUUUCCUCUUACUUUACCAGCAGACCACGGUUUUGCUCUGGCUGGACCAGCUCUCAGAACAGAAUUACCAUUCCGUAUCAUUUUUCUUGUAUCUGAGAUAGUAAAUCAGAUGGCUGGCCAGGCCAACAUAACACCUCUUAGUUGAUUUCUUCUCUUAGUAGAUAAGGAUUCUUUUCAAGUAGCUUACUUGGCAUUUGAAUGCUGCAGUAGAGUGAUGGUUCUCAUUGGAACUCAUGCUUCAGGUGAAAAAAUACUCAGUAACAUAAGACAGUGCAUUUUAUACCUGGCUAUUUUUCCCUUCUCAGUUGUGUGCAUCCUUAUUAACAAAUAAGCAGAUUUAUUCAUAUUUUUCCUUUAUAAUUCAGCACUUCUAUCAUUAAUCUUCCUUCUACUGUUUACAAAUCACUGAUGAGUUAACUCAUGAAAGAUUCACUUUUCAGAAUAAAACUAAAUGAAUACUUGCUUUCUGAGAAUCACUGCUCUCUGUCCCACACUAGCAGUGCUAAGUGGCUUAUUAUACAAACUGGUGCUGGAAAGUAAGUAGGCAAACUGUUGGGAUGUUCUAGAGAUACCCUCUGUAGUACCCCACCCCCACCCCCGCUGGAUUACAGCCUCUGUGGCUGGACCCAGAGCAUUCUACACAGUUUAUGCAAGCCCCAGUUUAUAAUCCCUCCUUUAAAAAUCCUGCAUUCAGCCAUGUCACCCCUACUUGCUCUUUCAUGUCGGUCCUCCCCCAACCUAGAACCCACCCCAGGAGUAAUAUAUGGUUUGUAGGGGUGACCUCAGGACAGCUUACACUCACACAUAAUCCCAGAUGCAUGAGAGUGGGGUUAGAAUCAAACUUCUGUGAUCAAUAAAACCUGUCCUGGCUGGAGUUAGAGCUAGGUAGUUAGAACCCAAGGUGGGUGCAAUCCCCAGUACAGAGAGAGAGAGAGACAGAGAAAGAAAAGAAAAAGGAACUGUCCUGCACUGAAGUGAUCACAGUUUCACUCCUUAGAGACCUUCUGCAGCGCAAUUGAACUAACUCCUUCUAUCUGAUGACUGCUCACCUUAUUUCUUCCAAGGAUAAGCUCCAAGGGAUUGCCGCUUUGCUGGCAACUUUACUGAGUUUCACGCUUUUCUUUUACUUUGUGUUCUAAUGAGUAACUUGGACUAUUUCAUUAACCUGUUCUCAAGUGAUUUAGCUGCCAUUCUGCCAUUUUGAGUUUUUAUUUAAUUUUAUCUGCUUGAGCACACUGAUCAACCACUGACUGCCUUCUUGCAUUGUCCUGCAAUGAUGUAAGAGUGACAUUUGUGUAUAUGACUUCAUAGUUGGAAUUUCAGAGCACUGACACCAGAUAUUCUCAGUUUGUUCUCUGGGGGAAUUUUCAUUUGCAUCUAUGUUUUUAGCUCUCUGUGAUAACUUGUUAAAUAUUAAAAAGAUAUUUUGCUUCUAUUGGAACAUUUGUAUACUCGCAAUUAUAUUUCUGUAAACAGCUGCAGUCAAAAAUAAAACAUUGAAAGUUUUCA